AUGGCAUCAAAAGGUAGUGGAAUAUGUUUGGUAGCUUUUGAUGAACAAGAAAAACUUCCUGCAUCAAUACGUAAUGCAACAAUUGAACCUAUUGAAUUAUUUCAAGAAUUAUCAUCUUGUAUUUCAUUUAUUGAACAACAAAUAAAAGAAAAUAAAGUCGUUAUUUUAAUAACAACAACUAUAGAAGAAAAUAUAUUACAAAUAUUUGAAUCUCUUACAGUUAUUGAAGCUAUACUUAUUUUAUCAAUAAUAAAUACAGAUGUAGAUACAUUACCAAGUAAAGUCAUUGGUGUUUAUUCUCAAACGGAAAUUUUAUUACGAUCACUUUCUGAAACACUUGAUAUAAUAGAACAACGAAUUAAUGCUAACAGUAUUAUUUUUAAUCAUCAUACAGAUGGAACUGAUAAUUUAACUUUUUAUUUUUAUUAUUUAUGGAAAAAUUAUACUGAAAAUCAAAAAAGUACAAAACAAUCUCUUGUAGAUCAAGCACGAAUUAUAUUUCAAUCAAAUAAUCAAAUAAAAUCUUUUAUUCAACAAUUUGAAACAUCAUAUAAAUCAAAUGAAGUUUUUUCUUGGCUUGAUAAACAACAUCAUCCAUUUCCAUUUCAUCUUCUUAUUUCAAAUGCUCUUCGUUCUCAUAAUCAAGAAUUAUUAUCAUUUAGUCGUUUUUUUCUUGAUGAUCUUACAAAAAAAAUGAAACCUUUAUCAACAGGAUCUAAUUAUAAACAAGUUUAUUUUACUACUAAAUUAUCAAUAAAUUUUAUCGAUCAACUUGAACAAAAAUUAAAAACAGAUAUUAUUGCAUUUCAAUGUUUUCUUCCUGUAACAUUUUCAAGAACUAAUGCUUUAACUGAAGCUACACGACCAUCUCGUCGUCAAAAUAUGAAUAAUGUUCUUUUUAAAAUUAAUAUAACCGAUAAUAUAUUAUGUGCAAAUUUAGGUGAGAUAAUUCUUAUUGAUAUGGCAACACCUUUUCAAAUUGCAUGUGUAACAAGAAGUGCUGUUACUACUAAUGGUCAACAAUUAUUAACUAUUAUUAAAUUAAUAGCACUUAAUAAAGAUGAUAGAGAUAAAUUAUUUGAACAAUUUAUUCAACAACAAAAAAAUUUAGGCAAAACAAUAAAUGAUUUAUUACAAAGAUUAAAUUCUGAUAUUAGUGAUGAUGAAGCUUUAGCAGAUGAACAUAUAGCAUGUAAUGAAUGGUCACAAGCAGCAAAUAUGUUUGCUCGUAUAAUUGAUCCAAAUGUUCGUGUUCUAAAUAAAUAUGGAUGUUUAUUACGUGAACAUUUAAAUAAUUUAUCUGAUGCAUUGAAAUGUCAUCAACAAGCAUUAUUGAAAGCUACUAAUCGAGAACACGCUGAAACCCUUAUUUAUUUAGGUUUAGUUCAUAAAAAUAUGAAACAACAUGAUGAAGCAUUUAAAGUUUAUUCUCAAGCAUUACAAUGGUUUGAAAAUGAAACAAAACGAGAUUCAGUAAUGAUUGCUCGUUGUCUUAUUGGUCUUGGUAAUGCACAAUGGGGACGUCGACAAUUUACUGAAGCACUUGAUUAUACUGAACGUGCUUUAGCUAUACGUGAACAUGAAAUUAAACCAAAAAAUGAUUUUGAUAUUGCUGCUUGUCUUGGUAAUAUGAGUAAUAUAUUACAUGAUCAAGGUGAUAUUCAACAUGCAUUAUCAUAUGCUACUCGUGCUGUUGAUCUUUUGAGUAUAUGUGGAAAAGAUGAUCCUCGUCUUGCUGCUGCAUUGAAUAAUUUAGGUGCAAUCUACAUAACUAAUAGUGAUUUAAUUAAAGCACGAGAAUAUUUUGAACGCGCACUUGAAUCUGUAUCAAAUGAAAAUCAUCCUUAUAGAAAAAGUACAUUAGCUAAUAUUGCUCGACUUGAUACAAUUGAAAAAUCAAAAAAAUAA